AAAUUCCUCCGAUAGCGAAGUUAUUUUUCCGAAUGAAAACACUCUACGCGAUCUUGUUUGUCGUUACGAGACAGACUAAUCAUUUACUAAGUAGGUACCUAUGUACUAUGUAGGUAUAGGUACUUCAUAACCACUCAUUCGAUUAAUCGAAUAAUUAACAUUUUUUAUGAAAAUUAAUCUGUCGAAUAAUUUGCAAAUUUUGUUACGUUUCUAUACGUAGGUACUAGGUAGGUACCUAUAUUUCCCUAAGUACGGUUUUAUUAUCGUCGUCGAAAAUCCGUAGAUGUUUUUAAUCUGCAAGGCUACUACACAGAAUCUAAAUUACCUGUACAGUGUACGCGGUCACUACAAUGGGACUCAGACAGUUUCCAGAAACGUUUGAAUCACUCACCAUGUUCGAAUACCAUGGAAAAAAGUGUUACGGUGAAAUGUUUGAUCGGAAAUUUUCCUUUAUAUCGGAGAGUAUUUUCAACUUGAGUCGAGAGUGUAUUUGCUAAGCUUUUAAUGCGCGCCUGGUUCGGAGUUGUACGAAGAUUUCUCACGUUUUUUUUUUUCGUUUUUUUUUUCGCUUUUAUCAGUAAUUUAUUUUUUUAUUGUUUUACAAUCGGAAAAGUAUAUAUAUUUGUGAUGAUCUUAGAUGUUUAAUUGCAUGUUUAUAAAAAUUGGUACUGAACGUCGAACAGAGUAAAAUCCAUAUUGAACGUAUUCGGUUCCAUUGUACGUUGGUGACUUGAAAAUUUUGGAAAAAUUUCGCUUUAACGGAGUGAAAGUUGCCAAAAAGUCAUAAAAUUAAUCACACGAGUGAAAUUUUUAUCGGACUUUUUAAGCCACGUGGUUUCAGUGACGCUUGCAUCGCGAUAUAAUUUUUUUUCCUGUUAAAAUACCCAUACAAUAGUGUGUUUGCCAUUCUUAAAGUAUGGUUGUUAAACAACAAACUGCGUUAACUCAGUUUAACGUUUACUUAGCUGCAUUUAUAGCUAGUUUUUCUGCAACAGCGGCGACAUGUGUUUUGUCAUGGAUUAACCCGACACUGCCCAUAAUCACGAAACCAGGAUCUAAAAUACUUGUCACUGACGAACAAGGAGCAUGGAUAGGUUCACUACCAGCUUUGGGAGCCGCUUUCGGGCCCUUUCUCACGGGACGAAUUGUCGAUCGGUUUGGAAGAAAGUGGACCAUUAUAUGGGUCAUGGUUUUACUCAUAUUGUCCUGGGGUGUGAUGUACUUCAGUGAUAACAUGAUGGUAUUAUACUGUUCGAGAUUCGUAGCUGGAGUAGGAGUUGGUUGCGUUUAUGCCACUUUGCCUAUGUAUGUGGCUGAAAUGGCUCCUUGUGAGCUGAGAGGAAUGCUGUGUUCACUUCUGCAAUUCUUCGACUGCAUCGGAUACCUCAUAGAGUACAUUGUCGGUGCUUACGUUUCAUACGAGAACUUGAUCGUGGUCUCAGCAGCGAUGCCUUUACUCUGCAUUUUCACCAUCCUUUGGAUCCCCGAAUCCCCCUACCAUUUGCAUAAUAAAGGUAAAGAAGCAGAGGCACUUCAAGCAUUACAGUAUUUCCGAGGUUACGCGGACGUUUCCACUCUACAAAGAGAAAUCGCAGACAUGGAGGCCUCAGCCAGAAACAUGGAAGUAAACAAAGGCUCGUUUACAGCGUUAUUCACGAAUAAAGGGAAUCUGAAAUGUCUCUAUUAUUCAGCCACAUUGAUAUUCUUCCAACAAAUGAGUGGCAUAAAUAUAAUCACGUUUUACAGCGCGACGAUUUUUGAAGAGUCGGGAUCUUCUUUUGAUGCUAACUGGUGCGCCAUUAUCGUAGCCAUUGUGAUGACCUUCACUUCAAUUUUAACUUUGAUUGGAGCCAAGAUAUUCAGGAUUAAAUACUUAUAUGCAUUUUCAGCAGUCGGUGAAAUGUUCAGCAUGGCUGCUCUGGGAACAUAUUUCUUCUUGGACGAAUCAAUUGCAAAAUCUCUGGACUGGCUGCCGUUAACUAGUCUUGUAUUAUUUAUUUUUGCUUAUACCUCUGGUUUUGGACCAUUGGUAUGGGUGACGACUUCGGAAAUCUUCCCGUCACAUUUAAAAGCUCUCGGAUGUGGCCUAAAUGCAUCCUUUUGCUGGUUACUGAGCUUCUUUCUGACCAGAUAUUUCGUUCCAUUCACCAAAACUUUUGGUCAAGGUGUAGCGUUUUGGGGUUUCGGUGUAUUUUGCGUAUUCGCUUUGGUAUUUGUCAUCUUCCAAUUGCCCGAUACGCAUCGUAUGACGUUCCAAGAGAUACAAGAACUGAUCCAAGGCAACAAAGAUGAAAAAAGUAUUACGAAGAAGCAGGGUAAGAGUGAGGUAGCUGCGUAAAUAGGUAACACUUUUAUUGGAAAAUUACCUAAUCGUUAUUCGAGUUAGAUCUAUGAUCUUGUACGUUGAGAAUGCAUCUGUAGACAUAUACAAAUUGUUUAUUUUGAAAAAAAAAAAACACAAAUUGAGUUUAUAUAAAUUUUCAAUCAUAGAUAUUACUUACUUACUUUGUGAUAUUAUGCUAUAGGUAUUCUGAGAAUGUGAAUUUCGUGUAGAUAUUAAGAUGAUAUAAGUAUAAUCUAUACUUUUUUUAUGAUGUACCUAUUUUGUAUUUAUUUUAUUGUAUGACUGUACCUUGUAAAGUUACAAUAUAUCUCACUUGAAACAAAAACGUACAUAAAAUAAAGAAUAUUUUCAAGUGUUUAUAAU